AUGGCAGCAGUAGCUGUCAGAUCGCAUUGCGAAGCCGGUCGCGACAAUGGAUGUCUCGAGCGAAGGAUCCCGCGACGGAAGAUUGGUUUGGAUGAUGAAAUGAACGCUGGCUGUUGUUUCUUGGCUGCGAGGCGGUGUGCAAGCUCAUGUAUGGGACGGGACUUAGCACUGGAGAAGACCACGCCACUUUCGAGCCAGGUCCAGUGUCUGGAAUAUUUGGAAAGCAUCAAAGCCAUUCUCGAUAGCAUCGAUGCUGUAUUACCGGACAGCGCAGGAUCUACAGACUCCCCGCACUUUGAGCCCCCACCUUCGUACAACGAUACAAUAGCAGAUGAACCUCCAAGCUAUGAUUACACGGGUGAUGUAGCUCUAGCUAAAGCAUCUCGCUACUAUCCCGUUCCCCCACCGGCCUAUUGCUACAAAUCCGUUGGCAGUAUUUUACCUCCGGAUCAAAUGGCGACGCCCGAUAUCGACUUUGGUGACACGUCCAAUUUUCGUCAAGCAGGCGGCAAGAAGAGGGAGAAACAGCAAAAAAAGCAAGCGGACACAGCCAAAUGGAACGACGAGGGUGGGGAAGGAAACGCUGAAGGCGCUGAUGGAGGCGAGGAGAAUGGCAGUGGAGGAACUGGUGGAGGAGCUGGUGGAGGCAACAAUGGAGAUGGAGGCGCAGGAGACGGUGGCGGAGAUGGUGACCACUGGGGUGCUUGGGAUACGGGGAAGAAAAAGAAGGGCAAGAAAGCUAAAGAGGAAGAGAAAAAGAAGGAGGAGGAAGAAGAGGAAAAGAAAUGGAAAGAGGAAGAGGGGGCUAACGGGGAUGGUAAACUGGACUGGGCCGAUGAUACAAAUGGGGACGUGGGCGAUGACUGGGGAGGCUUUACGGCUACGGCGACCAAGAAGGGCAAGAAAGACAAGAACGGAAAGAUUGAGCCGUCAGCCAAUGGCACGAGUGAUUUUGCCGACAUCAAGCUAGACGACAGUGUGCCAAAGAUCGACCUCAGCUUUGGUCCGACGGAAACAAGGGACAGUGGCGGGUUCGGCUCAUUCGGUGGUUGGGGAGGGGUGGCAGUACCUGGAAUACCGGCAGCAAUUGGAAUUCCAGUCGAGCUGAUACCGAGACUACAGAUAUUGCAGACUCGUUCUCUAGGACUACGAAGGAAUCCACAAACAUUACGACAGACAGCAACUCUUGGUCAUUUGGUGGGAACAAGAAAAACCAGAAGAAGACUACUACCAGCGGAUUUGACUUUGGGAACUUCGGUGCACUCGAGGAAGAGAAUGAGGGCGAAAAAGCAGAGGAAGAUAAAGCGGGAGGCAACGACGAUUGGGGAACCUUCACGGUCGCUGGUAAGAAGGAUAAGAAUUCCAAGAAGAAGGGCACCUUCGACGAUGUUUCCAACGACCCGGACCCAAACACCAUUGGUACGGCAAUUGCGGACCCUGAACCUGUUGCGGAGAAAUCAUGGAAUGCAUGGGGAAAUCCAUCUACCAAGAAGAAGAAAGGCAAGAAAGGCGAAGAAGAGACGCCUCUGCCACCCCCUCCAGCCGCUGCUGUGCAUACACCUGCAGAGCCUGCUGCUGAUGAAUUGGGCGGAUUAG